UUAAAACAGUCUUUGACAUUGCUGAACAGAGUGAGGACGCCAUUACAGGAGGAGAAAUCACUAACUGAAUAAUGAUCACUUUGGGACUGUAAGAGAAAAGCUGAAGGGAAAUUUAAUUUGGUGAGUGUUUCAUUUACGAAAACAGAGAAAAUGGCUGAGAAAGUUGCUCUUGUUGAGGAUUUCUUGAGUUGCCACAUUUGUUCAGAGACUUUCAGAGAUCCUGUGUCUCUGAGCUGCAGCCACAGCUUCUGUUCAAGCUGCCUGCAACAAUUCUGGAAACAAGCUAAAAACAAAAACUGUCCCAUUUGUAAAAGAAAAUCUUCAAAAGAUCAUCCAGAUGUGAACUUUGCACUGAAGGAACUGGCUGAUUCCUUUGCUGGGAGACAGAAAGCUGGAUCAUCUGGGACAGAAAAGACAGAACAGAAGAUGGAGGUGGUGUGUAGUAAACAUCAAGAAGAGCCUAAAUUGUUCUGUAAGGAUGAAGAUAGAGCUGUGUGUCCUGUCUGUGAGUUUUCUCUUCACGAGAGUCACAAGGUGGUUCCUGUAGAACAAGCAGUCAGUGACCUGAAGGAGCAGCUGAAAUCUGACUUAAAGUCUCUACAGGACAAGAGGAACAAAUACAAACAAGUGGAGGAAACAUACAAUGAUGUGAUUCAACACUCCAAGAAGCAGCUGUUGUCCACAGAGAAGCAGAUCAGAGCAGAGUUCAACAAGCUCCACCAGUUCCUGAAAGAAGAAGAGGAGUCCAGACUGGCAGCUCUGAGGGAGGAAGAGGAGCAGAAGGGGAAGACUAUGAGCAGAGAGAUGAAGAUGAUUCAGGAGCAGAUCUCCUCUCUGUCAGACAGUAUCUGUGCUGUUGAAGAAGAGCUGCAGAAACACAAGGUGGCGUUCCUCAGCAGUUAUAAAGCCACUCAGACCAGAGCCAGAGCCCAGAGCUCACUGUCAGAUCCACAGCUGGUCUCAGGAGCUCUGAUAGAUGUGGCCAAACACCUGGGCAACCUGUCCUUCAGAGUCUGGGAGAAGAUGAGGGACAAGGUCCACUUCAGUCCUGUCAUUCUGGACCCAAACACUACAUACCGAUGGCUUCAUCUGUCUGAUGAUCUGACCAGUGUGAGACGUGGAGACACAAAACAGCAGCUCCCUGACAAUCCAGAGAGACACACUAAUUAUGCCAUUGUUCUGGGCUCUGAGGGCUUCAGCUCAGGGAAACACAGCUGGGAGGUGGAGGUGGGAGACCAUCCUGUCUGGAAUGUGGGUUUGGCUAAAGAGUCAGUCGACAGGAAGGGAGAGCUACUUGCUACGCCAAAAUAUGGAAUCUGGUGUUUAUCACAUCGCAGAGGAAAAUACACUGAUGUUGUUGGUAAGACUGUCAGAGUGAAGAAGAGUCUCCAGAGGAUCAGAGUCCAGCUGGACUAUGACAGGGGGGAGGUGUCCUUCUACAACCCUGAAGACAAGACUCACAUCUACACUCACAGAGACACUUUCACUGAGAAACUCUUCCCAUAUUUUUGUGUUGGAAAGGCUGGUGAUGCUAAAACCACUGAUAUCAAAAUCAGUCAAACUGAGAUUUCUCUGUGAUGUUCAGGGAUGUUUUUCUAUCAUGAUGGUUUGAGGUUUAUUAAACUGCAAAUACAUGAAAAUCAUUUAGUUAUAUUUCUGUUUUCUUUCAUUCAGAUUUAUUCAUGAUGGUAACUCCUGCUGUUGAUUUUCUGUUGAUGCUGCUUUCUCAGCUUUUAAAGAAUAGAUUUAGUUUGUAGGUUUGUGUCACUUCUUAAAAUGAAGAUUAAUAUCCUAAAAAAUGUGACGACAAAAUCCUGAAACUGUUUCACAUCAUCAGGAGACAAAGUUUACAAAUCAAAGCUGUUGAUUAUCCUGGUUCUCAGCAUCUUGUUUUGAGUCAAACAACAUUGUAUAGUAGUAUAUAUCCACUGUACUAAAUGCUUUGAUUGUUUCAGUUUUGUGACAGUUUGUUCAUCAUCAGGUUUAGUUUUUGAUGGUUUGAUGAGUUUGAUGAGUUUUGGAUCUGUUGUUUUAUUCUUUGGAAACAGGUGUUUUAAGAGAGUUUGAUUUGAAUGAAGUGUUUAAUCACAGUGCUUCUGCAAACUGUGUCAUGUUUGUUCUUGUUACGUGAUCAAUAACAUGAUUGAUAAAUGACAAUGUCCAGUUGAUGAUUAUCAGCUCUAAGUGAAUAAAAUGUAACAUCCUGUGGAAGCUA